CUAUUUAAAUAUGUUAGUGGUUUUCUUUAAUAAAACUGUGGGUCCAGACUUUUUGUCUUGUCCCACUUUAUCAGACCGUCAUUCCCUUUAAGGGAGUCGGUUGUUUAAAAUAAAUGGAUCAUUCAGACGGGAAAUGCAUCGUGGGAGGAGUUGCACAAACAAGAACUAGACAGCCUUUAGGUUUCGUUUCUUGGGUGGAGUCGCAGCACUUUGCAGAGCAAAAGUAGUUUUACGGCCGCUGGAGUUUGACAAAGCUGGAGGAGCAGCACUGAUCUGCAUCUUUAACCUUCUCGCUACAGCUUUCAGUGUCCGUUCGUCGUCAUGAAUGAAUUUGUUCGUGAUAAAUUAACUGAGUGGGGUCUCCAAGUCUGGAUAGAAAAAUUUGAAGACGAAGGUGUUGAUGAGGAAAGUUUUUACAAUCUGGAAGAUCAAGAAAUUGCCGAAUUGAUCCCAAAAGUGGGACCACGGACAAAAUUCAAGAAGAGACUGAAGUUGUUAAAGGUUCACAAGGAACAAAACACAGCAAAUCCAGAUACAGCUGAUGCGUCUGCUCAUGUCAUUCCGUCCACCAGUGGCAGAAGUAAUGAAGAAAAGAGAAAGUCUGAUCUCCAGGGCGAGUCCAAUCAACAGCAACCACCGACUAAGAAACAACGACCGGGAUCCUACUCAGAAAAAAAGACACUGACUAAGGUGAAAGACAUAAUGCGACGUGUCCUACAGAGAAUACCUCCUGAAAAAAACAACCUGAACGACUUCCUGAGGAGAAAAAUCCACGAUUUGGAGACCGAGGAGAGGGAGGUGGUCGGCGUCUUUGGCAAAACCGGAGCUGGAAAGAGCUCUUUGAUAAAUGCCAUCAUUGGAUUGAAGAACUUCUUGCCCUCUGGAAGCGUCAGUGCAUGUACGUCAGUCCUGAUUAAAGUGGAGGCCAACAUGCAAAAUCAAAAGGGCGAGGCAAUCGUUGAGUUUAUCACAAAAGAGGAAUGGAGAGAUGAGUUGUGGUUCUCAAAAAAUUUUGGUCUGGAAAAUGGGGAAGAUGACACAGAACACAGGGACAUUGUUGAAAAGCUGUCAGCGCUGUAUGGAGAAGACUGGAAAGAAAAAUCUCCUGAUGACCUCAUGGAUGGCAAAUAUUUCAAAAAGAUCCCAGAAUUUCUCCAAUCCAACGAGGAACUGAGAAAGAAGAUUUUGACAGCCGAUGAAGACGAAGAGCUAUUUGAAAAAUUAAUCCGAUACACAAGAAGCAACCCAGAUGACGCAGUAGCUCAAGGCACAAGGAGGUGGUAUUGGCCGCUAGUGAAGUGUGUGACCAUCAAGGUGCCAGACGCUGAUCUUCUGAAGCAUGUCACACUGGUGGAUCUUCCUGGAAAUGGGGACAGUAACAAGAGCAGAGACAAUAUGUGGAAAACGGUUGUUGGAAGUUGUUCCACUAUCUGGAUUGUGACUGACAUCAAUCGAGCUGCAUCAGACAAAGAAGCCUGGGACAUCCUGAAAGAUGCCUGCAGCUACAUGGGAAAUGGUGGCCAGUGUAAUGAGAUUCACUUCAUCUGCACCAAGUCUGAUGGUCAUUCAGAUGCAAAAGACACUUCAGAAGCUGGUAUUCGUGAUUUCAUCUUAAAAAGAAACCAACAAGCCAAAGACAAAGUGAUGAAAGAAUUCAACCAACUAAAGGAGGUUAAGAAACACUUCAGUGAGGAAAGUUUCAAAGUCUUCACAGUGAGCUCCGUAGAGUUUCUAAAUCAGAAAUAUCUGAAUCAAGAAGAAACUGAAAUACCCAAACUUCAGGAGUUCCUGCAGGAGCUCAAUGACUGUCACAAAGAGACGUUGAACUAUGUGUCCGGAGCCCACGGGAUCCUGUCUCUGAUUCAAGGGGCCAGCCGAAGAGGAAGGGCUGAGAAAAAGAAAGCUGUGUGCACAAUCCUUGAAACAAAGAUGAAAGAUGAACUUCAAAAAGUCAGGAAACAAAUGGAAGAAACUUACGAGGAUUUUGAAAAGUGCCUCAAUGACGGAGUUGAGGAAUCUGAAAAAUCCUGUGAAAGAUUCAUCAACUUUGUCUUAAAUCCUAAAAGUAAGUCAGGAAGUGGUUUCCACAAGACACUGAAGUAUUUAGUCGAGCACAACGGCAUCUACAACGCUAAAACAACAAAAAGUAAAAAAAAAAGGAAACAAAACCUCAACAUGGAGUUAUCUUCAUUCCUGACUCAGAGCAUCGAUGAGAUAUUCAAGGAGACCUUCCCAAAUGAAGUAAAUUGUGGACCAUUCAAGGGAAAACUCAAUUCAUUUUCACUUGGCACAAAGGAGAUGAAAAUGGAGCCAGAGUACGAAGAUGUCAAACUUCAACUGGAAUUCCUCAAUGCAGAGGAAGAUAAGAUGAAGAAGAAACUCAUCAAAGUCAUCCGUGAACGUAAGAAAAGGAUCUACAGCAGUCUGAUGACAACAGUUGAGGAAUCAAUGCAGAAAUGCUAUGAUGAUGCAAAAGUAAUAAGUGGAACCAACUCGCUGAAUAACAUGAGGGAAACAAUAAGGAAGCACGUUCAAGAUUCAAAAAACAUCAUGUUUAAGAAUGCAAAAAAGGUCAUGUUGAACCAGCUGAGAGACUUGAUGAAAGAUAUGCUGGAGGACCUGACAGAGACAAUGCAGGAAUCAAUCGACCUGUCGCUCAAGACAGACGGUGACUCAAUCCCAGAUGUUACAGUGGAGCUUGGUAUGGUGAAGAACCACCAUGAAGAACUGAAGGGAAGCGCGGAAGAAGACCAAUAAUUGUAGUAAUUGGAGACAUGAGACCUCUGGAUUUGGUCUCAACCAUUUUUGUUAUUACAAUUUUCUUUAUUGUACUUCUAAUUAGCUUGUGGUAACAGACAUGCCUAGCGAUUUGAGAUAGAUAGCAAUUUGUUGAGAUGUUAUAUGUUUUUGGGGCAUUUUAGUUUAAAUGAUUAAAGACAGAAAUGUUGUUUUUGUGUGUUUGGGAGGGGGUAUUGGGGGGUGAGAGCAGGAUGUCACAUUGUUGUUUAAGAAUUAAGCUUUUAGCCACUAUGAUUACCAGUUUAAUGAUUUACAUUUUUCUUGACUUUAUAUCUAUAAUACAUUUGUUUUCUUUUAAUAGUAGUUCGCAGUUGAUUGGUAUUGAAAUCAGAAUGAUUUUAUGGGUUUUUUAAAUUCUUAACAUUUGUCUCAGCGUGUACUGUUUGUUGAUUUUGGCAACGAUUUUAUGCUUUUUAAAAGAUUUUUUUCUUUUUUCCAUUUUUAAAGAUUAAAAAUGCCUACUGCAAAAUAAUAUCUUCUAAAAGUGUUAAUUCAUGUAUCAAAAGUUGGAGGGAACAACACUCACCUAAAGGAUUGGAAGUCCUGUGGGCGAAAAUGCCAUGUUGAUGCUAGAGGUCAGAUUAGAAUGGGCCGACUGAUUCAAGCUGAUAGAAGAGAGACUUUGACUGAAAUAACCACUCGUUACAACCGAGGUAUGCAGCAAAGCAUUUGUGAAGCCACAACACGCAACACCUUGAGGCGGAUGGGCUACAACAGCAGAAGACCCACCGGGUACCACUCAGCUCCACUACAAAUAGGAAAAAGAGCUUUUGCAAGAGCUCACCAAAAUGCACAGUUGAAGACUGGAAAAAUGUUGCCUGGUCUGAUGAGUCUCGAUUUCUGUUGAGACAUUCAGAUAGUAGAGGCGAUAGUAGAGUAGUGUCUAAACAGAAUGAGAACCUGGAUCCAUCAUUCCUUGUUACCACCGUGCAGGCUGCUGCUGGUGGUAUAAUCUUGUGGGGGAUGUUUUCUUGGCACACUUUAGGCCCCUUGGGCAUCGUUUAAAUGCCACUGCCUACCUGAGCAUUGUUUCUGACCAUGUCCAUCCCUCUAUGAUAAAUGUAAUCAACUAAACCUCUUGUCUUGUUUCUCAUUAAUUAGUGAAUAAUUGUUUGUCUUAAUCUACAUUCUACAUCAGCAUUGAUAGUAUUUUACACGGUAAACUCCAAUAAAGUUCAC